AUGGCUAAACCAUCGGCCUCCUCUCCGUCGGCGGCGUCCUCCCCGGCGCUGAAGCGCGCGACACCAAGCACCCAGAAUAUGCGAAGCCAGAAAUCAAUUCUGGGAUUCUUCCAAAAAUCAUCACCAGCAACUCCUUCCAAUAAUCGCGUUCGAGAGCCGGCUUCUUCUCCCGCACAAAGAGCCGCGGAGCAGCGUAGCACUGUCAAGCCCACACCCAAGGAGCAAAAACGAAGCUUUUCAAGCUUUGCGCAGGACUUGAGUCCUGUACCGAGCAGCGAUCUCCCGAUACCAGAGGAAGUAGAGGAGAAUGGAAAAAUUUUGAAGACUACCAAAGAGGCACAACAGGAGUCCGCCAUGUCGCCUUCGCGUCGGGGUCAAAAGAAGGUCAGCUACAAGGAGUCUGACUCCGAGGGCGAAGAUGACGAUGAGGUUAUUUUCCGUCCUAAUCGCCAGGACCGUGUCUCUGGCCGGGCAGUGAAGAGAAGACGAAGCGAGCCAGAGAGCGAGGAUGAGUUUAAAGCGGCCGGCGAUGAUAUUGGAUACUCGGACGAUGACAUGGACGAUUUUGUCGUCGCAGAUGACUCUGAGGAAGAAGCUAUCGCAUCAUCCACCAAACGGAAGAGACCCUCCACGCAAUCUGCACGCAAGUCCGCCUCCAAAUCCUCCUCCGUCCCCGCUCCUCCCCCACCUGUCGACGACAUCGAUAUUGAUAUUCCCGAGGGAGAGGGUCCAUCUGGCACCGCGAAGAAAUGGACGUUUGAUCCGGAAAACAGGGAACCUCGGAAGGAGCGGGCUGCUGUGGUUCCCUCCAAGGCACCGGCCAGUGCCAAAAAAGAGAAAGCCCACAUUAAAGAGCCGGAGCAACGUUAUUCAUGGCUCGCGACGCUCAAGGAUAUCGAUGGCAAUCCAAAGGGCCACCCUGACUACGAUCCCCGCACCAUCUACAUUCCUCCUCUUGCAUGGUCCAGAUUCUCGCCUUUCGAAAAACAAUACUGGGAGAUUAAACAGAAGUUUUGGGAUACCGUUGUCUUCUUCAAGAAGGGCAAGUUCUAUGAACUUUACGAGAACGACGCCACUAUUGGUCACCAGCUUUUCGAUCUCAAGCUCACUGACAGAGUCAAUAUGCGCAUGGUCGGUGUUCCUGAGAUGAGUUUAGAUCACUGGGCAAACCAGUUUGUGGCCAAGGGCUUCAAGAUUGCCCGUGUGGACCAGUCCGAAUCUGCUCUCGGCAAAGAGAUGCGUGAGAGGGAGGGCAAGAAGCCCACAAAAGAAGACAAGAUCAUCAAGCGAGAGCUCGCCUGCGUUCUCACUGCGGGAACGCUGGUUGAAGGGUCCAUGCUCCAAGAUGAUAUGUCUACCUACUGUGUUGCAAUCAAGGAAGCAAUUGUGGACGAACAUCCUGCGUUCGGAAUCUCUUUUGUUGAUACCGCUACAGGUCAAUUCUUUUUGUCUGAGUUUGUUGACGAUGUGGACAUGACCAAAUUCGAGACUUUCGUCGCACAAACACGCCCUCGAGAGUUGUUGCUGGAGAAGUCUUGUGUUUCGCAGAAGGCCAUGCGUAUCCUCAAAAACAAUACUGGCCCAACCACAAUCUGGAACUUCAUGAAACCAGGCAAAGAGUUCUGGGAAUCAGAUAUCACAAUUCGCGAGCUUGAGGCAAGCGAGUACUUCGUCUCCGCGGAUGACGAUAACCUCACAGCAUGGCCUGAGGUUCUGCGUCAAGCCCGCGAAAAGGAGCUGCUGAUGUGUGCAUUUGGUGCUAUGGUUCAAUAUCUGCGAGUGCUGAAGAUUGAGCGUGACUUGAUCACCAUUGGCAACUUCACGUGGUAUGACCCAAUCAAGAAGGCUACCAGCCUUGUCUUGGAUGGUCAGACUCUGAUCAACAUGGAAAUCUUCGCCAACUCCUUUGAUGGCGGCUCCGAAGGCACUUUGUUCCAAUUGCUCAACCGCUGCAUCACACCUUUCGGCAAGCGCAUGUUCAAGCAAUGGGUGUGCCACCCACUUGUGGAUUCAAAGAAGAUCAAUGCAAGACUUGACGCCGUCGAUGCCCUCAAUGGUGACCCUAGUGUCCGCGAUCAGUUCUCGUCCCAGUUAACAAAGAUGCCGGAUCUCGAGCGACUGAUCUCUCGUAUCCACGCUGGCAACUGCAAGGCUCAGGACUUUGUACGAGUCCUAGAAGGCUUUGAACAGAUUGACUAUACUAUGGGUCUCUUGAAGGAAAGUGAUAUCGGUUCAAGCGAAAGCAUUAUUGGUGAACUGAUAACCGCAAUGCCUGAUCUGGCCUCUCUGCUUGGCUACUGGAAGACCGCAUUUGAUCGGCCCAAGGCUAGGGAAAACGGAAUUCUCGUUCCCGAGGCUGGCGUUGAAGAGGACUUUGAUCAUUCCCAAGAAAUCAUCGAACAACUCCACAAAGACCUCGAUACACUACUCAAAAAGGCACGCCGAGACUUGGGCUCUUCUGCUAUCUGCUACCGGGACAAUGGCAAGGAGAUUUACCAGCUCGAGGUCCCUAUCAAGGUAAAGAACGUUCCCAAGGAUUGGAACCAGAUGUCUGCGACCAAACAGGUCAAGCGAUACUACUUCCCUGAGCUACGAAGCCUCAUUCGCAAGUUGCAAGAGGCCCAAGAAACCCAUAGUCAAAUUGUCAAGGAGGUUGCUCGACGGUUCCAUGCCCGAUUCGAUGAGCACUACAGCACAUGGCUUGCUGCUGUGAGAAUCGUUUCGCAGCUUGACUGUCUAAUCAGUUUAGCGAAGGCUUCUGGCGCUAUUGGUCACCCCAGUUGCCGGCCAGUUUUCGUGGACGACGAACGAAGUGUCCUAGAGUUUGAGGAGCUCCGUCACCCUUGUCUUCUUUCCUCUGUCGAGGACUUUAUUCCCAACGAUAUCCAGCUUGGAGGAGAGCAUGCCAAUAUUGAUUUGCUCACCGGUGCCAAUGCUGCCGGAAAGUCCACUGUUCUUCGAAUGACCUGUGUUGCGGUCAUCAUGGCUCAGAUCGGUUGCUAUCUUCCCUGUCAGUCAGCCCGAUUGACCCCGGUCGACCGAAUCAUGUCCCGUCUGGGCGCAAACGACAACAUCUUCGCAGCUCAGUCAACCUUCUUCGUCGAGUUGUCCGAGACAAAGAAAAUUCUCUCCGAGGCUACUCCGCGAUCACUAGUUAUUCUUGAUGAACUCGGUCGUGGAACUAGCUCUUAUGAUGGUGUCGCCGUGGCCCAGGCCGUGCUACAUCACAUUGCUACCCACAUCGGCGCACUGGGCUUCUUUGCCACUCACUACCACUCGCUCGCUGCCGAGUUCGAAAACCACCCUGAAAUCGCACCCAAGCGCAUGGCUAUCCACGUCGAUGAUGUCGAGCGCCGUGUCGCAUUCCUAUACAAGCUUGAGAAGGGCGUUGCGGAGGGCAGCUUCGGUAUGCAUUGUGCUUCUAUGUGCGGUAUCCCAAGCAAAGUCAUCGAAUGUGCCGAAAAUGCUGCCAAGCAGUGGGAGCAUACCAGCCGUCUCAAGGAAAGCCUCGAGCGUCGUAAGGGCGGUGGCUUCGUUGGUCUGGGGUGGUGGAGCGAUGUAGCUUGGGCCCUGCGUGAAACUGUCACAGAGGAAGAUUCAAACUCAGGGGAUGUCUCCGAUCGUGGCCUGGAUGUCUUGAUGAAGGCAAUCGAGGCCCUCUAG